AUGCGAAUAAAGACUGGCCCUGCGAACUCAACAAUCUCGAAGGUAGUGGACAAGGAUGUAUUCGAAUUUUAUCCCAAGUGUGAUCCCGUAACAGUGGAGUUGAUGAGCGAUGAAAUUGCCACCGUGAAGUUCGAGCUUCGUAUUCUCAACAGGAGGUCAGCUUCGUCCUUUAUAGCUGAGCGGGUUAUCGAGCCAUUGCCCCGUUUCGAGGAAGGUGACUUGACGGUUUUGUUCAGCGAUGGCUCGUCGAUCAAAGUCUACCGAGAGCUUGUGUCAUUAUACUCUACCUAUAUAAAGGAAUGCACAGAAGACUCCGAAAUUACAACGGUCGAGACCUUUCCAAAGCAAGCAUUCAUCGAAAUGCUCUACCAUAUAUAUCCCACAUUGCGACCUAUUUAUCGCAAUAUGCGCGAUUAUGCAAAAGCUGCUGUCUCCUAUCAAGCCACUCCAUUGAUUUACGAACUAUCGAAACAUUUAGUCAAUUACAAUACAAGAUCUGUGAGUAAGAAUCGAUAUGUUUCAUACUUUCGGCGAAUGAUCCUUCAGGCAAAACUAGUAGGGACAGCUAUAGAGUUCUGCGAGCUUGGUCCAGCACAAGUAGGUCGCCAAAGCGAAUAUGGCAAACCAUUCAUUGAAAAGCCUUUCACCCUACCGGAUUUCUUCUCAGAAAAGGCAGCAGAAAACCCGUCAAACACUGCCUUCGUGUUCCGCAGAACACCGUUUUACGUCAACCGCGGAAUACUUGAGGCACAUGGAACUAAUAAAUUUGCGGUCAAUUCAGAAGGACUUCUACAAGCGCUCUUCACCAAAGAAUUGGAAAAAGAGUGCGCAAGAGGAGAACUGCUACCUGGAGAAGUAGUGGUAUCGCUCUUGAACUCAUUGUACCCUCUUGGACCGGCUGUGCCACCACAGUAUCUACGCGGCUGCCAUAGUGUUCUGCCACGACCAUGA